CCUUAACUCCUCGGCAUAUCUCAACCCCAGCCAUGCAAUGUCGGUGACAAACUGAGUCCAAAGCAUGGCUGCUCUUACGCCUUUCGUCUUGCGGCCGCUUGACCGCCGCAGCCCGGAUUCUGCACUCAAAGACGCUUUCAGGGUCCAUCUUUCGGCCAAAGACUUGCAGAGCCUCGGAAUUGCUACCGGAGAUCUCAUUCGUUUGAGUACUUCAGGCGGAAAAUCAGGAUUUGGUAUUGCUUGGCUUGCACAGCAGACUAAUCCAGGGAAUAAAUCCAUCGCAAAAGUCACGGAUCUAUUAAGAGAAAAGUAUGGUGCAAUUGAGUUACAGGAACGCGCCUUCAUUGAAAAGGUCCAUCACGAGCAAUGGAGGCCCCUCGCGUCCGUCGAAGUCUGCCUGACGGACUCUGCACAAUCCCUUGGCAGCGGUGACUCCACCGAAGAACUCCUUUACUGGGUCCGAUACGCUUUAGCGGAUCUCGAAAUAAUUACCCCUGGGGGCAUGCUCGACGUGCAACAAAAAGGCCCCAAGCUCCGUCAGAAGAGUCCGAAAUUACGUGCAACUGUUGAAAGUAUUGAGCCACCACUGGAUCCCAAUGUCCCCUAUUAUUUUGAUCCUAUCAAGAGCCACGUCACUAUCAUGAAUGCUCCUUCAAGUCGGGAUUCGCCGACGCUUUCAGACACUGUUCUUGAGAUUAAUAACAGUGGCAUCGGAGGUCUAUCCGCCCAUAUUGGAACAAUCAACAAGUAUCUUGCGAUCCUGAGUGUCUCAGCCACGGCACUGACGGACUACCAUCUGUUCGGGCCUACAGCAAUACUCAUUCACGGCGCUGAAGGCACUGGCAAGUCUCUGCUGUUGGAGAGAUUGUCCGAAUGUGCUUGGCGAGAUGUCUUCAGGUUAGACGUGGACUGGCUAGCCUCAAACCCUAAGGCCCAGGUAAAAGAACUUUCUAAAGUCUUUGACAAGGCUCGUACUCUCGAGCCUAGCCUUAUUCUCAUGGAUGACGUGGAUAAGUUUCUUGGGAAGGCAGAGUCUCUAGUGAAAGUCCUGAGCACCGAGUUAAAGAAAUUAGAAGGGACAAGGGUUGUUGUUGCGGCAGCUGCUCGAAGCGUGUACGACAUUGAUGCUAGUCUGCGAACAACGUCAGCUUUCAAGCUUGAACUAGAGAUCUUUCCUCCUAGUGUGAAACAGAGAGAAGACAUACUACGGCAGAUUAUAGGGCCGAAUCGGAUCGUCCCAAGCAUCAACUUUACCUCCUUGGCAGAGCGAAUGCAUGGAUAUGUCGGUCGCGAUGUUCAUAAGCUUUGUGGUCUGGCACGUAACCACCGUGUACAGACAAUUCUCCAAUCCCUGGAAGUUGAGAAAAGGUCGUCAUUGGCAGAGAUCCUUAGGGGCCAGGACUUCAUUAUGCAAGUUGAUUUCGAAGCCGUGAUAGAUCAAGUACAGCCGACGGUUCUCAAAGACAGCGUUCUAGAAGUGCCUAAGGUCAGAUGGACCGACAUAGCUGGGUUGGACCAUGUUCGUGAACUGCUCCAAGCUAUCACAGUUCGGCCGUUCAAGUACCCUGAUCUAGAUACCAAGUUCGGUGGACCGCAAUCACGCAAAGGCGUUCUGUUGUACGGACCCCCUGGUUGUGCAAAGACCUUAAUUGCUCAAGCAGUCGCAACCGAGUCUAAUCAAAAUUUCCUGGCGGUCAAGGGAUCGGAGCUUAUUAAAAUGUAUGUCGGAGAAUCUGAGCGCGCAAUACGAGACGUUUUUCGUCGAGCGCGCGCCGCCAAACCAUGCAUCAUCUUCUUCGAUGAAAUUGACUCAAUUGGAAAAUCGCGCGAGAAGUCCCAAGACAGCGGCCUGAAUGUGGUUACGACAUUGCUAAAUGAGAUGGACGGCAUUGAGGCCUUGAAAGAAGUCCUCAUCAUCGGAGCAACGAACCGACCCGACAUCCUUGAUUCGGCACUUAUCCGCACAGGCCGGUUCGACGCUCAUAUCCAUAUCGGGCUCCCAAACCAAGAGGCUCGAAGACAGAUUUUCCAGAUCCACACCAGGAAGAGGCCGCUUGCGGGGGAUGUGGAUCUAAACAUCCUCGCUUCGAGAACGGAGGGAAGCAGCGGUGCUGACAUCAAGGGCCUCUGUUCCAUUGCAGUGGAAAUGGCCAUUUCUGAUUACGAGAAGAGUCCAGAAAGUCAGCCUGAAAUCCGAAUGUGUCACUUUGAACGAGCCUUGGACAAGCAUGUCCCUCACACCGUUAAGGAGGAGGCAGCGAGAUACAAGGGCUGGAGGCCCGGGAAAUCGCUGUCCUCAGACUGAGGCACAGCUGAUCGGUAGCAUGCGAUGGUUCGAUGGCUCGAAAACUUGAAGCAAAGAGAGAACGUCAAGAAACAGUCGGAACCCUGCCGGAGGACAAGACAUCAGCCGCAUGAGGGUGCCCAUGUCCAAGAAUGUAAGUAUGCGGAGACAAGAUUAGCCGCCUGCUUUGUGCGAAGAUUCUCGAUGUCUUCUGGAUCUCACCGGUCCAUGCUGUCGAAAGGCUGAGGAAAGCUCCGAGGCACUCAGCACGGCGGAUAAUAAAAUUGUG